AUGUCCCACCCAAAGCACAAGAAGCAAGCGGAAAAAUCCGACAGGUCGGAGUUCUUCACGGCCCGAGCAUCGACGCCGAAAGCUACAGGCCUGUUAGACCAGGCCCAAGAUGGCGACGGCGGGAACGACACACUGCCGCUAAGGACACCCACGGGCUCCCACAACCUACCAGUAACGCAAGACUUCCUGCAGACAUGCUUGGAGGAUAUGUCCAGCAAAAUCCUGGCGUCCAUCCAAAGCACCCUGAGGGAGCUCAGCAAAGACGUGCAGGAGCUGGGGGACAGGACCGCGUGGGUGGAACAGCGCGUGGAGGAGCAGACAUCUGCUCAUAACGAGCUGGCAGACCAAAUGCACAACCUGCAGCAGCUACUGGACCAGUCACAAAGAAAAAUCAUGGAUCUGGAAGACCGCUCUCGAAGACAAAAUCUGAGAAUUAGAGGCAUACCGGAGGAGGUGUCUCAACAAGAUCUGCACCCCUUCCUCAUAGAGUACUUCAAAGCGCUGACCCCCGAGUUACCAGCGGAGAUGCUGAUCCUGGACAGGUACCACAGGGUCCAAAAGCCAGCGUUCCUGCCGCAAGACACACCAAGGGAUGUGCUAACCCACCUCCACUACUUCCACGUAAAAGAGGCAAUUCUCCAGGCCACGAGAGGGCAAAGUGAUCUGCCACAAAAAUUCACCCACAUAAAAAUUUUCACGGAUCUGUCAGCGGCUACAUUACAGAAAAGGAAAGAAUUCAAAACGACCACAGAGGCCCUGCGCAACAAUGGCAUCCAGGAUACCCGGUCCGCCUGCUGA